AUGCCUCGGACCUUUGGAGGUGACGGAGUCCCACCUCUAACUGACAAACCAGGGACUCCUAAGAUACGACUUGGCAAACAAAUGGUAAUGAGAUGGGGAACUAUUAAUAUCAAUGGGGGCUACUCUGGGAAGAAGGUAGAGCUGGCAGAGGCUGCAAGUAAGAUGGGGCUGGACGUUUUAGCUGUUAGUGACAUUCGGGUAAGGGGUGAGAAAGAAGAGGAAGUGGGAGAAUACAAGGUCUACCUGUCAGGAGUCAAAGCAGGAAUAGCACAAUGGGGUGUAGGGCUUUCCAGCAGGAAAGAAAUGGAACCCAGCAUAGUUGCAAUAAAGUAUGUAAACGAACGACUGAUGUGGAUAGAUUUGACAGUGGCUAGCAAGAAAAUUAGGAUUGUGUCAGUAUAUUCGCAUUGUGAAGGGACAGAUCAAGAUAAGAUGGAUAGUUUUUAUGAGGCACUCAGUGAUGUAGUUGUUAGAGUAAAGGACAAGGACAAUGUUCUGCUCAUGGGUGAUUUUAACGCCAGGAUUGGAAAUCGAACAGAAGGGUAUGAAAAGGUUAUGGGUAAAUUUGGAGAGGAUAUGGAGGCCAACAGGAACGGGAAACAACUCUUGGAUUUCUGUGCCAGUAUGGGCUUAGUAAUCACAAACUCCUUUUUUAAACAUAAGAACAUUCACCGGUAUACUUGGGAAGGCAGGGGAACCAGAUCUGUCAUUGACUAUAUAAUAACAGAUCAGGAAUUCAGGAAGGCUGUGAGGGACACACGUGUAUUCAGGGGAUUCUUUGAUGACACUGACCAUUAUUUAAUCUGCAGUGAAAUUGGGAUUGUGAGGCCGAAAGUGCAGGAGACUGUUUUUAUCAUCAAUUCAUUGCAAAGAGGAUCACAGCAAAUUGUCAGUCAAAAUUUGUUUCCUACCCUUGUACUCGAGAGCUUCCACCAUCUGCAGUCACGAACAAUUACUAUUGGCAUGAAGCUUGAAAUAAACAAUGGCAAAGACUGGUUAAAAUUGAUCUGA